AUGAUCCUCAAGUGGGUGGAGAACCUCCGGGCCACGCUGACCCACCUUGGCCCUGUGGCCCCCCGCGCAGCCAAGCCAAUGGUGGAGAGCGGCUUCUGGAGUCUCUUCACCUCCAGCCACCGAAGCCUCCGCGACCAGGUCCGGUGCAAGGUGUGCCGCCUUCUCAACAAGUACUCCCGCGGGCCAGCGCCACUAGUCAGCUUGACGAUCACCGGCCACAACCUGGGGGUGGCGCUCGCGGUGCUAACGACCUACGACGUCACGACGACGCUGGAAGACGAGGGCCCGUCGACGACGAUAGUGGUGUCAUUAGGGGGUCUGAGGGUUAGCAACGCAAGCUUCUGA